GGCGGUGUGGGGGACACGAUCGAUGCAAAAAAACCAGCUUGCAAUCUAUCGAUGUCGAGCGGCAAGCCGAGGCUAGUGGGCGCAAGGAUUUCUCGCAAAGUACCUGCUAGCACGCCAUUCCUCGUUUUAGCACUCAAGCACGACGCACCGGGCGUGCGGGUUGUGUCCAGCCAGUUUCACCGACGCACCGAGUGAAUUUGCUGCGCGUACAUACGCGCGUGAACAAAUCUGAACUGUUAAUAGUGAUGCUUUAGUGUUUUGUACUUCUCCUCAAAAAUGCGUAGCAGCAAACACCGCUUUGCGCCAUGGAGCGCACUGGUACUGCUAUUGGCCUUGCUAUCGAAGCGUGGAUUGGUCAAACGCGGCGCUGGACUCACCAGAGCCAGCGACGCGCUGUGCAAAGCACCUCUCAGCUUCGAACGGGCACUUAACGGCACAGCGACGCGCUGCGCUGCAAAACCGGGGCCGAAGCAGCGGCGCCGAGCAGUAUCGCCCUUGCUGCGGCGCUGGGACGCGGCGACCGCUCGCACCGCGAGACGGAGAGCUCCUCUGCUACGUGCCGCGCCGGGACGACGGGCAUCGCCGCGCGCUGCGCCGCAUUGCGGACGCAGUCGCGUUACGAGACCGCGGCGGGCGACGCCGCGACACACAUCUGCGCCACCGCGCGCAACGCUCGCGCUGAACGCCUCCACGCAAGAUGUCGUUCAACUGGCUGAUUCUCAUAAAUUGGGCCAUCAUCCUGAACCCAGUGACCAAGGCGAAGCGGCUCGUCGUCGUCGUCAAUUGGGUGUGCUUCGCCACCUUCCACAACUGGUGGAAGGAAGGACGGGUGUGGCUCAAGGGCUAUGUCAAGGGCCGCUACUACCGCAAGGUAGGCGCCGCGAGCGCGGACGACGUAGACGUCGCGGUAGAGGUAACGUUCCUGUCGCUGCACUUGGCUGUGUGGAAAUCAAAUCAAGCGCCUCACGCCAUCGACGCAACAUUGCGACUUCGUCUGCUCGAUGGCGUGGAGAUUCUACGUCAUCGAUGCGACCUAUCUCACUGUUUGAUUUCCACAAAGGUACGAGAAAGGCAUCAACGCGAUCCUGCCGCUCGUCUCUCUCGACUUACGGGAGAAGUGGGCGCCGACGCCCCCAGAAGUCCUGGAGGAGGCGCGCGACGGCCCGACGGCGCCAGACUCCAUCAUCGCGGCCGAGUUCGACAUCCCGUACUCGGGCCUGCUCGGGUGGUUAGGUGUAGUGUGGUACUUUGGCGUCUACUGGCUUUGGAUCUCGACGUACCUGGGCUUCCAGGAUGCGUUGUAGGGCGCGGCGCAGAAAAAAAACCUUCACGACGGCCGCGGUGCCUUCACGCCAUCGGCGCGCGUCGUCUCCAUCUUCUGAUGAAGUUGGUGGUUUCUUUUUCGAUUUUGAGGCCAUUCGGACCGCGUCGAGCGAACUCGACACGAGCGCGAGAGAGGCUACGCGUGACUUCACCCGCCUCAGUGUUGAUUUCCACACAGGAUGGGCGGCGGGGCGCCCGGGUCCGUCGCGGAAUUAGUGCUCGCGGCGAUGGACCCGGGCAACGGAGGCCGGCCGAUCGGCGGCGGCGGAAAGGCCUUUGUGGAGGACAAUCUUUUCGCGAUCGCGCCCUACGAGCCUUGUUUUGGGCUCUACCGCCUCUCAGAGAAAGUGAUGCACGACGUCUGGGUGAAAGUGAGGUCUUCGUGGUGGCGGAUCGUGGCCGUGUUAUUGGCUGUGGUGGCGAUUUGCGGUGGAUUUGCGUAUCAAUUCCACCUGCCGACGAAAGAUGUGGUCGUGGUUCUGCUAGUUGUGGCCGCUGCUGUCGCUUUAUUCCGCUGGACGAUGCCCAUUUACGAUUGGACGAGGGCGGCUCGGUCCUCGUAUAGUGAGGAUGAUGUGGGGGUUGUCGGAGAGGUGAAGACGGAUUCAACUGGAAGGUUAAGGUUAAAUGAUAAAGGAAAGGUACGGGAGGACGAAGCGGAUUUCAUAGCGGUCGGCCACGUGCCCCGCGGGACGCUUCUAGAACCGCGACCGGCUUGUCCCUUGAUGGUUGCGUUAUUAUUGGUGUUGUUUGGUGCGUUGGGCAUCGUUUUGGACUAUUUCAUCGUCGGUGGUGGCUAUAGAUGUGGUUUAGCUGGGGCUAUUUUUGGAGGAGUCGUGGGUUUUGUUAGAUUUGGUCGCGAGCAGUACGGCGUCCCGGAGGUCUUUGUCGUCUCGGCAGAGGCAUUGAGCGUUGCAAGUAACAUUGGUGCGCUUUUUGCUGCGGGUGGGAAGCAUGGGAAACGGAGCUCUACGUUAAAAGUCCUAGAUAAGCCGCCACCUAAGUUGAAGACAGGUGAAAGUUGGAAUGACUACCCGGACUAUUACCUUGUUCCGUGCGACCCGACAUCUAGUAGCACUACAAAGAAUGGGGUAAUUGUUUAUCACACGACUGGGUGGCAGGUGUACGUGAAACCGGCGCCCUCCCAGCUUAACAACCAUCGUCGUUGGCAACUCCUAGCUUCGACUCAUGAAAUUGUAACCAUCUCAGUACCCCAGCUCGAGACGCUCAUGGGCUUUGACGUCCUUCCAAAGGACACGAUCGUCCGAGUCCCGGCGACCGAUGUUGCUGAUGCCGCGCUGAAGGUCGUCGCGGCGGCCAAUGCGGUCAAGGAGUUCCCCCCUGGCGUGCCCUGGAAAAAGCGCACGCCGACAACGUUUAGGAAAGCGCAUUACGAGGUGAGGGACGAUCCAAAACGGCAGGUGCAUCAGCACGGCGUCGACGAAAUGUUGCGGUCGUUAAGGAAGGCGGGUGCGCGUGCCGCGUUGUGUCGCCUCAUCGGCGUCGCUCUAGCGUUUUUCUGCUCUGCUGUCGUGGCCUCGUGGUGUGGACUGGGAGCCGGCGUCCUGACGGCCUGUGUAUGCGUCGUCACGCUAGGCCUGUGCCUCCCUAGGAUUAUGGGGGCGUCGGUGGACAUGCUGUCGGAAGCCAAGCACUCGGUGACGGUCAAGUACCGGCGCGGUCCGCUGCUUGCGUUUUACGUGGCCGUGCUCGUCGCUCUCGUGGCCGCUUCUCUAUUAUUUGCCGGCUUCGAUUCAUUAGGAAUAGCUUCUUCAUGUGGGCUGUUUGCCGGCGUCGAGUCGUCGGUCGCCGUUUUAGUUUGUGGUCUACUUGCUGUGGGGGCGGGUAUAUUCGGAGCGACGCGCAGCGUGUCUGUUAUUAUUGCUGGGAGGAAUUACGGGUUCGAUAGGGCUCCUGAUUUUUCAGUUGCUAUUGAAGCAGCGAAGGAAAAAGGACAGAAGACUAAACAGAACAUGAAAGCGAUCGUCGUCAGGCACGCUUCUUGUAUCGCACACUGCCUCGUCAAUAGCUGUAAGGUUGGCGAUCACGUCGAUGUCGAGCGACUGGCCGACGGGCGCAUCUUCGACGGGCACGUGGUCAUGGUCAACAUCGGCAACGGAAAUUCUAUUGCUACGACGUACGACGUUUUGUACGAGAACGGCGACCGUGAGAACGGCGUCGAAAGGCAUCGUAUCUGGAUCAAGGGCGGACGCAACGUCAUUUUCUCGUUGCUGCCGACGACGAAUAAGGCACUCAACCAGAAGCUAUGCGACGGUUUUCAAUGCACGGCCGUCCUGGAGAAGGUCUUCGCGGACGUCCACGCGACCACCGAACAUAACUGCUGGGACUGUCGAUCAGAACUUCCUGAAGACCUACAAGAUGAGAUCGACCAUUCCUUCUGCACGCUCGACCAGCUGCCCGAGAAGAUCGCGGGGAUGAUAGAGCCGCACAUAGAAUUAGUGGAGAGCUCCUGCACGGUGUCGGAUCCGGUCGUGGCCUUCUUCGCGUUCGCGGUCGCGUGCCUGACGGCGCUCAUCGCGCUGCCCGGCGCGGUGCUCGACGACGUCGUCAAUGCGGCCACGGCGUGCCGUUUCUGGACGACGCAGCGCCGGGAUGUCGGACCGGCGGCGGCGCCGCCGCCGCCGCCUCGACGGCCGGCGCGGGCGCCGGCGCCUUCGCCAGCGCCGGCGCCAUCCACUGGGUCAUUCGUCGUUUCUGAUGACGUGGUUGAGGACGACGUCGGUUCCGAUGCCGAGGUCGAGCCCGUGCCCGACGUGCGGCGGUCCCGUGCGGCUGUUUCGUACGCGGAGUCUGAGGAGGACGACGAGACGCCGCCGCCGCACCUGGUCGUCGGCCAGUCCGUCGCGUUGGCCCUCGACGCGCUCGAGGGCGUCGUGACCAAGAUCGACGGCGACAAGGUCUGGGUCAAGCUCGACGACGACCGCGACGAGUGGUUCCGGGCAGAGCAGCUGCUACCAGUGGAGGAGUCGCGGUCGGUGCCCCAAGGCCGCGGCGAGAAGCGCAAGGCGCCCACCAGCAGCAAGCCUACUAGUAGCAAGCGGCCGCGCCGGUCCGGCAACGUAGACGAGGACUACCAGCCGACGGCGGGGGAUGCCGAGGAGGACGAGGAGGACGAGGAGGAGUAGAACGGCGACGCGCCGAUGGCCUAGACGCCACGCGCUGGGGGACGGCGGCCUUCCCUAGCUGUGCUAAUUAUGAAAC